AUGGCGUCCAAGGGCGGGUCCGGGAAGGGACCCGCCGCCGCGGACGACCCCCACCUGGCGGAGUCGAUGGCCCGCGUGAAGCAGGUUGCGGAGGCUGCGAACCUCGCUGCCGCCAGGCUCAUGGGGGAUAUCGACGGGUCCGCCGGAUAUCGAGCCGCCGCGACGGGCGCGCUCCUCCCGGCUGACCAGCCGUCGUCUAGGCCCAAGCCCGGCAAGGGGUCGUCGAGAGGGGUCUCAUCCAGGGGCAUGCGCGAACGCGCGGUUAACGUGGUUGUGGCGCCCGUCGAUUCAUCCCCCGGGGGGUUCGACGGUGGGUGCGACGAAGACGCGACUCCUUCGCACGCGGAGGCUCGCGCGCAGCUCCUGCGGCUCAUUUCGCAACAUGCGGGCGAGGAGCUCCUGGGCGGCGACGAUUCGUCCGGGGACGACGGAGGCCGCGUCGGCUUCGGGGGUUCGCCCCUCUCGGCCGGCUUGCUCAAGAAAUUGGAACCGCCCAAACUCGCGCUGCAGGAGCUGGAGGCUCGACGCGAAGCCGCGGCGAGGGAGGAGGAGGAGCGCAUGCGCCGGCAGAACGCUGUCCACCAGCUCCUCCAGACGGUCGCCAAGCAGAACGAGUCCCGCAUCAAGCGAGCCAGGGAACGCGCGCCGCCCGAGCAUUCGCCCGCGAGCACCGUCUUUCGGCCCCCGUCGUCCAACCUCGCCGACGAAGCCGCCACGCCGACAGCCGUGCCCGCCACGGUCGUGGACGAGGACGAGGACGAAAAGGCAAAGCCGUGGGAGGGAGAUCGGCCGUGGAGGGAGAACAUCCGGCCGUCGUUCUGGGAGGAGCGCGAGCGACGCGAGCGAGAGAGGCGUUCUGAACUCGAGAACCGGGCAUCUUCGAAGAAGACGUCAUCAUCCGCCGACCUCGGCUCGAGACCCGCGUGGGGCGCGACGAUCCCGUUGGAACCCAAGUCGAAGAACCCGAAGAGGCCCGCGGGACUGGAGGCGGCGGCGAGCAAGAACCCGGAGGACGAGGAGAAGCGACGCGCGGAGGUUAAGAAGUUCCUCGCGGAUAGCAAGCGCAAGUGGCGAGAAAAAAUCGCCAAGGAGAAGGCGGAGCUCAAGGCGAAGCAGGAGCACCGCGCGGCGAUGAAAAAGGCGGAGGACGAGCGCGCGAGGAUGAUGGCGCAACAGGCGGCGGCGGAGCGCGCGAAGCGGGGCGGCGACGCGGCGACGACGAACAGGCCCAAGCCCAAACCCAAGCCGAUGCCGGAGUGGGUGGACCCGGUGGACGACGACGAACCCAAGUCGCUGGCGGACCUGGCCAUCCCGAUCAAGCCCAAGCCCGAGCCCGGGCCCGAGGAAGGGUCGGAGAUUCCGACGCCGGUGGACUUUCAGCCGUUCGUCCAGAAGGGCGCCGCGAAACCGAGGGUGCCCGCGGCUUCCGAGAAGAAGGACGAGUCGGAGGGGGACGCAAAACCGGUCAUCACGUACAAGCCGAUCAAGAUGAAACCCAAAUCACCGGAGAAGCCCGCCGCCGCGGAGGCUAAGAAAUCACCGGCCAAGCCCAAGCCAAACCCGCUGGGCUCGUUCGAGGCUGAGCUCGUCGCGAUACAGGCUGAGCUGGACGCCUCGGUGGAUGCGCACGCCGCGGCGCUCGCGCUCACCGCCGCGGCGCCGCGCAUCAGACGAAUCGCCGGGGGCCGCGAAGAUUUGUACGGGGACGCGUCUUCAUCCGCCCAGGUGUCGGGCCCGUCGUCGUCGUUCGCGGCGCCCACGAACGCGAAGGAGGAGGCGGAGGCACGGCGAAGGGCCGGGGAGGAGGCUGCGGAGAAGAGGCGGCAGGCUAAGGUGCUCAAGGAUGUCGCGAGGAGGCUCGCGGAGACGAUUGACAACCUCGCGCUGGAUCGGGUCGCCGCAGCCAAACCCGCGGCGGGUGCCGGCGGGUCCUCCGGGGAAGCGUCGCCGCGGGCGCGGAUGAAGAUACCGGCGUCGAAACGGAUCGACGUACGCGAAGAGGCUGACGAGACGUCCACGUCGUCGCCGCCGUCGGCGGCGGAGGAGGCUGCGGCUGUCGCGGUGCAGAGCGCGUUUAGGGGGCACAAGGCGCGCAAGGGCGUCAGGGAGGAAAUCAACGCGGGGAUUUUGAGACCGUCGCGCACGCAGACGACGUACAAACACGCGUCCGGGCGACACAUCACGUUCUCGCCCGUCAUCGACGACGGCGGCGAGGGCGGCGCGUCCGUACGGGACGGGAGCGACGCCGAAGUCGAUGACGACGCCGAGGUUGUCUUCGACGAGGAGGAUGAAAAACCGAAGGACGCGCUCGUGACAGUCGCCUCACCGGACAAGCCUCCGAUGCCCAAACCCAGGCUACUAGGGGUCAAAACCGGCCGACCAGACACCCACACCGUGCUUCCAAACGACGAGCACGUGCCCAGAGCCGAGGACUGGCUCGCGCAGGGAUCAGUCGCGCACCGCAAGUUGCAGGCUCGGCUCGCCAGACACAGACCGACGGCGGAUGUGGACGCGCCUUACGAUAUCGGGAAGAUGAGUCAGGCGCGGAUCGAUGCGCUCGCGGCCGCGGCGUUCGGGUCCAAGGAGGAGAGACGGGCGGCGAGGGCGGCGGAGACGCUCGCGCUCCCGGCGCCGGUUCACUCGCAGCCCAGGGAGCCGGUUGGAGUCUUCUCGCUUUACACGAGGAGAGCGGCUGCGGCUGCCGCCGCCGCGGCUGCUUCGACGGAGACUGCGCGGGUCGCGGAGGAGUUGGAGAAGAAGCUGGCGGAGACGACGGUGCGGAGUUCGCAGACAGAGCCGCUCGCACUCGUUUACGAGCGCGUGGAGGCACCCUCGGCCGCGCCGGCCGCUCUCCCAUCCCCGGCGAAGUCACCCACCAAGAAGAAGGAAAAGAAGGAAAAGAAGGAAAAGAAGGAAAAGAAGGAAAAGAAGGAGAAGAAGGAGAAGAAGGAGAAAAAGGAGAAAAAAGAGAAAAAGGCCAAGCCAUCGCCCACGAAGCCGCCGAUUGAGGACGCCACCGAGCCCGCGGAGCGUUGGGCCAGGCGUCAGCUCGAGCUGGACAAGCAGAAGGAUGCGUCCGCGUCGACCAGCCUGGCUCUAUCUGCCGAUUUGUCGCCGAGGCAAAAAGCGGCUAUGCGCGCUCUCUCCGCGGAGGUGUCCUCCGACGGCGAUCGACUCACCGCGAGCGAGCUCGAGAACCAGCUCAGGUCUGAGCUGAGCCUGUUCGACGAGAUGGGCGAGAUGGCCGAGGAGCUUCAGCAGCUUCAGCAGCAGCAGGAGCUCUUCCAGGCGGAGCAGGUGGCCACCGCGCUGGCGCAGGCGCUCGAGGCUGAACGGGAACGGAUCCGAAAGCAGGAGGAAAACGCCCUCGCGCAGACGGCCAGGGCGAACGAGCUCGAGGAGGCGUACAAGAAGCGCGCGGAGGAGCUGGAGCGCACCGCGAUGGAGGCGGCGGCUCGGGUGCGCGAGGAGAGCCUCAAGCAGGUUCAGGAGGUGACGGAGAUGUUUGUCAAGAGCCUCGCGUCGGGAACCGCGGUGGAGCGCGCGGCUGCCGCGGAGCUCGUCUCCAGGGGCCUGACCGGCGCUUCAACAGACGCGAUCGCCGGUGGGACGGAGGUGGAGGGCGCGUUCGGGUCCCCGGCGUCCGUGGAGAGACCCAAAGAGGAGGAGGAAGAUGAAGAUGAGGAGGAUGGCGUUGUCCCCACCAUGGACGCCGCCCGCGAUCCCGACUUGGUUCUCGCCGAGUUUGACGCCGCCGCGGAGGCGAUCCUCCGCGGGGAAAAGUCCGACGCCGCGGCGAAAAUGCUCGCCGAUGCCGCCGCCGCCGCCGCCGCGUCUAAACCCGCGGCGGGGGCCCCCGACGACGAAGACGACAUCGAGGAUGAGAUUGGCUACGUCGACGUGCGACCGGCACCGGAAGAUUCCGACGACGACGACAUCGUGGACGAGGUCGGCGUCGUCGAGCGCUCGGAGCUCAGCGUCACCGCGUCCUCGAUCCCCGAGGAGUCCAUCGCGCUGCACCGCGGCUCGUCCCGGUCCAAGUCAUCCUCCGAUGCGGCCGCGGCGGGAGACGAGCCGUCGCCGACCCGGUCUGAAGAUUCCCUGGACGACAGGUACAAGGAGGUGACGGCGAAACACGAGGAUGUCCAGCGACGGCUCCGCUCCAGACAGAGGGAGCUGCGAGCCGCGGAACUCGCCGCGAAGCAGAUGAAGAUACAGGAGAUGGAGGAGGAGCUCGCGCGGCUCGAGCGCAUCGACGCGGGCGCUUCGCUCGCGGAUGAAGCGGCGUUUGAGGCUGACAUCGCCGGAUACGACGUUGAGGAUAAGUUGCGAGCGCACCAGGAGCGUCUGGCGCGGCUCGAGGAGACGGUGGAGGCGAGACGUCUGGAGGCGUUGGCGCUUCGGAAGAUGAAGUCCGUGGAACUGGAGCUGACGCGCGAGAUUCACACGCUCGACUCGGACAUUGAGCGCAUCGGGCGAACCGACGGGCGCGAGGUUCCGUCGGGUUCGCCGAGCCGAGUCGCGACGCGCCCGAGCCCGAGCCCGGUGAAAACUUUGAGAACCUCCCCGACGCGCGGCGCGGGCCGGCCCUCGUCGCCCUCGCCCGAGCCCGACGUGGUCGGCGAGGAGCACAUCCCGGAGGAGUCCAUCGCGGACCUCGCCAGCGACGGCGGCGGGUCGGACGACGCGUUCCGACCCGGCUCGCAAAGCACGGGGGGACUCGGUGGGACGAGCAGAUCCCCGCCGACGCGAUCGCCCCGGUCGUCGACGGGUUCGGACGCGAGCGGGGGCCACCACCCGCACUCGCCGCUCGAGCUCCACCCGCCCGCGCACGCGGUCAUCUCCCCGCCCAAGAAGAAGGGCGUCGGCGUCCCCGGUGGAUCAAACGGCGGCGGUUCCAAGAGGACGUCGCCCGGGUCCUCGAGCGUCUCCGAGAUUCCAUCCCCGGAGACGUCGAUCCACACGGAUGCGUACUCCGAGGAUGACUUCGAGGCGGACGGGACCGAAUCCGCGGCUUCGUCGAGGGCGAGGUCCGCGGGCUCGACGGGAGAGUCGCCGUCGCUCUCCGGCGAGGCGGAAUCGCUCCUGGGGGUCCUCCACUCGCACCUCCUCGGGGAGGCUCUCGACGACGUCGCCGCCGCCGCCUUUAGCAAACCGAUCGCGGAGGGGAGGGGUCCAGCUGUGCCCUCCCCGCCAGCUGUGCCCCCGCCCGCCGCCGUCGACGACCUCGUGCGACUCGCGACGGCGACGCGCGCGGCGUCGAUCGCGUGCCUGAUCAUCGAGCGAUGCGGCGCUGACGUCGCGGCGAUUGAUUUCGGCGAAGUCGCCGGCGACAUCGAUCCCCGCGGCCUCGUCGGCGGCGGCCUCGUCGGCGGCGGCCUCGCCGCGGUCGCGGACGCCGCCUCUCGAAGGCGGUGCCCCGAUCGGCUCGUGUUUGACGCGGUUCGCGAGGUGAUGCUGGAGUCCUCCGCGCUCGUCGGCGCGAUUGACGACGGCGGGGACCGGGCGACGGAGGUGGUGGCGGCGCGAGCGGCGGCGGUGCUGGACCCGCCGCACGGGGGUCGUCUCGCCGUCGACGACGUGGUCAAGGACGACGUGAGGGCGAGCGACGACGAGGGAUGGUACGACGUGGUGUCCACGGAGAGGGCGAUCCUGACGAGGCUCAGCGAGGAGCUCUUCGACGACGUCGUGGAGGACACCGUGCUCGCGCUGAUGUUCGAAUCUAGAUGA